UGCAGCACCAAAGUCACAACGUGAUUUCACAGACAGCAGCAUCCUGGGGGAACGCCAACUCUAUGAGCUGAUGUUCUCCUCAUCAGAUUCAUGUGGCAAAAGACUUUUAUUUCUUUCAAAUGUUAAUAUUUGGUCAAAGCAGGGAUUAAGUGAUGUUGUGACACUAAGGAGGUUAUGUGCCUUGGAGGGAUUCCCAGGGAGUCCUCCCUCCACAAGAACCCAUCCUAAGGGUAAACUGAGGCUGGGAAGAUUGUCACAAAAGUUCCUCGUUGACCAGCUCAUUGCUUGUGGUCGAAUUAACAUGCCUGAAGGCCACAAGUGCUUUGACUCUGUAGGAAUUAGUUCUUCUCCACUCAAUUGUGGGUGACCUAUACCAGUAUCUGAACUGUAUUUUUGGGAUGGCUCUGUUUAUGUCAUAUCUCUGCAAUGUCUGGGACCUCCAAGUGCUCAUUUUGACCAAGGGCAAUCUGUUCAAUGCAAGGGGCAGUGUAUUUGCUGUGGUGUGUUUGUCCAAUGUGUACAGAAUGGAAACCUGCUGCAUGUUUCAUACAGGUAGCAAGUGAUGGCAAUGGGAUGACAGCUUCUGGGCAUUGCUACUCCGGAUGAGAUGCGAGCUGCCACCAAAGAUACUGGCACUGCACCUCUCAACUGCUUUAUUUGAGCCUCUUGGCCACGGUAGUUAGCUUGGGGUGAGGUGAGGCUUAAAGAGCCGUGUGGUUCCUGGUUCUCAGGUGACAGUGUUUGCAGGUUGUUUGAUGUGGCCUCCAGCCUGGCCCACAACUUCCUGGUGUUGCAGCCGUGGUGACGGACAGUUGCUCAGGGGACUGAUGAGGAGGGACAGCAGAACAUAAAGGCAGCUGGUCAGAAGGGCGUAGGCUCAGUGGGAGACCUGCUGGAGCUCUCCUCUGUGCUCUCUGUUGGUCUGUCUGCCUCUCUGGUCAGUGAGGCUUCCCUGACCCAUGGGGAAUGAGCUCCCGUGGCUUAGCUCUGGCUCAUCCAGCCAAGAACGUGGUGGUGUAUCGCAACGGUGACCCCUUCUUCCCCGGGAGGAAGCUGCUUGUGAACCGGCGGCAGUUCCUGACCUUUGAGGCAUUUCUGAAUGAGGUGACCAAGAGCAUUCGUGCACCCUUGGCUGUGAGGAAUCUCUACACACCCAGGCAUGGCCAUCGCGUCGCUGAGCUGGACGACCUGCAGGAUGGGUGCCAGUAUGUGGCUGCGGGCUUUGAAAAGUUCAAAAGGCUCGACUAUUUAAAUUAUGGAAGGAAGGAGCUCCAUGGGACAAGCAACAGCAGCGGUGUGCAGACCUGCACCGUAGCUCCCUGGAAGUCAAACGCUGCAGUGCGAUGGCAGAAGCCCACCCACCUCACAAUACAUGUUUUUCGGAAUGGGGAUUUGUUGAGCCCUCCUUUCCAACUGAUGAUCUCCAAGAGCACUCUAUUGCAGUGGGACGCACUCCUGGCUAUGCUGACAGAGAAAGUUGAUCUGUGCAGCGGAGCUGUUAGCAGGCUGGAUGGCACGCAGGUGUCCAGCGGGGAGGAACUGGUGAAUGGCAACUACUAUGUGGCAGUGGGAACAGAGGAGUACAAAAAGCUGCCUUACUUGGAGCUGCUGGUGCCCCAGGACUCUGCAUGCAGGACACUCUGCACAAAAAGGCAUGGACUAAGGGCAAAUCACAAAACGCUGUCUCAGGGAAAAGGGACAACAAUGGUUCUGAAGAUGAAAAGCACUGAAUGAUGUUUUCCUUGGCAGUAAAACUACUCUGAAGAGUUAAAGGACUGUGAUGAGAGGACAGUUAGGUAAACUGCUCUCUGCACUGCUGCAGGUAACAAGAGGCGAGUAUGAGGUCAGUGUAACACCACAGACUGGAGAAAGUUUCUGACGUAUUAACAAACUUUUCUGAAAUCAAGCACCCUAAUUAUCCGGGCCCAAGAAAGAGACUACCAGUGAACAAUGAACCAGAUGUACAGUUUUGUUAAAUGCCAAAAACCUGAAGAACUUUCCUCAUCUCUGUGGCGUGAUGAUGUGGUAGAGAAGAUGUCUGCUUUUCUGAACUUUAAUUCAAAAAGCAGUUUGUAUCCAGACUCAGGAAGGAAGAAUUAUAAUAUAAUAUACUCCUUUACAACAAAAUGUCUGCCAGAAAGUUUGUUCUGCGUUAGAUACUUCGAAGAAAAUUCAUAGCAUCAUUGUCCCUCUGCUUUAGAAUGCUUAGGUAAUGUUUAUAGCAAUGAAACCUGCUCUCAAAAAUACAGUUUUGUUCCCUGAUUUAGGAAAAGACAUAAUAAUAAUUAACUGUUGUAUUAUCCUUGUUUGCACAAGGCUUAUUGUAUUUCCCUCCCCAGUGUUGCUGAUUAAUUACAAACGUAACAAAGAUCUUUCUUUCUGUGA